GAAGUCUGCUGAGUAGUUGACUGCUAUUCUAAGAUUAUUGGUUUGGGUAGCCCCAUAAACUUCAGAGGUUGACUUAUGAGGAAGACCAUCUUACUCCUAUUUAUCAUCUUUGCUUUGGAUAAAACAACAGAAACAAAAUUCUGGCCAAAAAAGCACAAUCCCACAAAGAGUAAUAUCGCUAUAAGCGCAACUUUGAUUGGGACACACCCUGGGAAACCUCACAUUUCAUCAUGCAACAACAGCAACACCUUCAAAAAUGUCAUGGAUCUCACAGAUUCUCUCGCAGAUCAAAUUCAAAGCCACACGGAAAAUGGCAGCACCAAAGGAACCCAUGACAAUACAAUUCCACCUCCAACAAGGACACCGUCCCAAGAAAGGGUCGGCCCAAACUAUAGUAGCCCCACCGUUACCGAUGCCAAUAGAAGCACAGUUUUCAUGACUUCUCCUCCAGCUGAAACACCCAGGAACACCAUAUACACAGGCCCCACCGACAACGAAGAAAGUACAGUCAUGCAUCUCACAGAUUCUCCCAUAGAUCAAACUCAAAGUCCCAUGGAAAAUGGCAGCACCAAAGAAACCCAUGUCACUACAACUCCAGCUCCAACAAGGACACCGUCCCAGGAAACAACAAUCUCCUCAGCGGAAGCCAGUAGCACCUUAACCGAUUUCAGCGCUCGAACAGCACCCACCUCACUUUCAGGGGAAGGAUAUACCCGUACAUCAAAUGGCAGCAGCUCAACGCAGAACAUUAUCAGCCUCAGCGAUGUGACCGCAGAAUUGCUUUCGCCAAGUACCCUACCUGUGACAACGCAGAGCUUCACAACGUUCAGGAGGCCGGGGAACAAUGGGACUGUAGCCUCAGCUUUUACAACUUCUCCUUCGGGAUCAACACAGAGCCCUCCCUCCCUGGCCGAUACCACCAUGAAUAAUUCCCCUGAAACCACACCAUCCACAAGUACUCUCUCCUCCGAGACACUCAGUUCCGCAACAACAGAAAUUGAAACUGGCACAGGAACUGAGGUCACUUCAAAACCCACAUCUGCAAGUACUCCCUCAGCAGAAGCACAGGUCUCACCAACUAUGUCCAGCCCCACAGGAAAUGAUGCCGGUGUAAGCACAGCUUUGACCGGCACCGUCUCUGGGGAAUCUUACACUUCUUCAUCCCAUACCAGCAGCGCCUUCAACAAUGUCACCACAAAGGCAUCUUUCUUCACAUCUCGCUCUAUUGCAACUGAUACCUCUGCCUCCUCACACAGGCCCUCAGCUGAGCCCAGCACAACAACGAGUGAUGCCACUACAAGCAUUGUUUCCACAAGUGCUCCCUUGGGUGAAACACACACUCCCUCAACAACUCUCAGCACCACAGGGAUGGAGGCCAGUAGACGCACAGCUUCGUCCAGUGCUCCGUCAGAAAGAACAGACAGCCCUCCACCAAGUACGAAUCCCACAGGGAGUGAUGUCGGUACCACCCUGACUACCAUCUUGCCUACUUCAGUUGAGACACACAGCCCCGCAACGGCGCAUAGACAUUCAACCCAUACGAGUCCCACGCCAGCUCAUGUGGCUACCAGAACUACAUCCGGAAACACUCCCUCGGGGGAAACGCACAGCUCCCUGACCACGCUCGACAGCACCGGGAGAGAUCUCACCGUCGACAUAGCUUUGACUACUUCCCUCUCACCUGAAAUGCACACCUCCUCAUCAGAUUCCACUAGAAUAUUAAGUGAUUUCAGCAGCAGCAUUACUAGUGCCACUUCUGCCAGGCGAGAAACAUCCAGUUCGGAUAUAGAGCUCAGCCCCUCGGCAUCUGCAGGCGCUUCAUCGAGCGACAUGACGAGCCUAGCGUCCACGAGUGCUGUGUCAGGUGAAGUACGCACUUCUGCAAAAGCCCCCUCCACCACCACGAGUGAUGUGAAUCUUGGCACACCUUCCCCCAGUCCUUUAACAGUAGAAACCCCAGGCUUCCCAACCUAUAGUAGCCCCACAGUUACCGAUGUCAAUAGAAGCACAGUUUUCAUGACUUCUCCUCCAGGUGAAAAACCCAGGAGCACCGCAUAUACAGGCUCCACCGACAACAAGGGAAGUACAGUCAUGGAUCUCACAGAUUCUCCCGUUGAUCAAACUCAAAGUCCCACGGAAAAUGGCAGCACCAAAGGAACCCAUGUCACUACAACUCCAGCUCCAACAAGGACACCCUCCCAAGAAACAACAAGCCCCUCAGCGGGAGCCAGUAGCACCUUUACCGAUCUCAGCGCUCAAACAGCAGCCACCUCACUUUCAGGGGAAAGGUAUACCCGUACAUCAAAUGGCAGCAGCUCGACGCAGAACACUAUCAGCCUCAGCGAUGUGACUGCAGAAUUGCUUUCCCCAAGUACCCUAUCUGGGACAACGCAGAGCUUCACGACGUUCAGCAUGCCGGGGAACAAUGGGACUGUAGCCUCAGCUUUUACAACUUCUCCUUCGGGAUCAACACAGAGCCCUCCCUCCCUGGCCGAUACCACCAUGAAUAAUUCCCCUGAAACCACGCCAUCCACAAGUACUCUCUCCUCCAAGAGACACUCAGUUCCGUGA